AGCAGCAGCGGCGCAGACACACGGACAAUCUCGCGCGCCGAGGCGACGUUGCCGGAGCUGGCGGCGGCGACGAGGCAGCUGGCGAGGAGGGGCGCCAGCGCCGCGGGCUGGUCGCUGGCGGGGCGCGAGAGCGCCUCUGCGAGCGAGGCGCGCAGCGACGCGUGCGUGAGGCCGAGCGAAGCGUGCAGCGCGAGCCGCUGUUGCGGCUGCAGCUCCGGGAAGUCGCUCGCGUCGAUGGGCAGCCGCGGGGCGACGCCCGACGCGUCGCACGCCCACGGCAGCCCUCCCGGCGCGCACGCUGCGCUCAGCAGGGCGAGCUGCUCGUCGUGCGCCACGACGCACGCGCCUCCCUCGGGCGUGAUGCGCAGCAGCGGCAGGGGCCUGCCGCAGAAGAGGUGCCGGAAGAGGGAGCGCAGGCCCAGAGCCAGCACCAGGUGCCGCUCCUCGUGCGAGCGAACAAAGAUGGCGGCGACGUCCUUCCCGCUCAGCUCUACGGACACCUCGUUGUACAGCGAGGGAGGAGAGGCGUAGCCGGCAUGGACCGCUCAGCGUGACGGUGCCGUCGGCGCCGACAUGAAGGUGGUGCUCCGUCUUGGCGAAGACGCCCGACGGCCAGCAGAGGGCGUGCUGCAGGUCGACCGCACCGCCGUCGAAGAUCAAGCCGACGGCGCCCGGGCGGACGCGGCCAUAGAGGUGCAUGUGUCCUGAUGGCGGCAGGAGGCUGGCCGAGGUUCGAAAGCGGCCACUGGCUUUCAGACGGCGGAGCAGCGACAGCCAGUCCGAGUUGCGGACGGUCUUGGCGAGCGCGCGAUGCCUGUGAAUCAGAGAGAGAGCGGCGGCGGCCGCCGCCGCCUCGUCGCCGUCAGCUGCGCGCUUGUCGACGACAGUGCAAGGCGCCAUGCAAAUUAGCACUGCCCGUCAGCUAAUGGGCUGUCAACGACAGCUAAUGGUCGUGAAGGCUCUGCGACGCUGCGCCAG